CAUUACAACCACAUUUCAAGAUUUAUAAAACUGUUAAGUUUUCAAAUUCACCAUUUCACACUGCGAUUUUGUCUCAACUGUUACUUAAAAUUUUUUGCUGUUCGAACCAAGUUCAACUUGGAUAAGUAAGUCGUUUUCAUCAUCUUUCUCAAUCUCUAACUUUUCAAUUUAUUGUUUAAAUUAUGAUGCAGAUCAACAGUGCAGAUGAAAUUGAGUUGAUUAAUCGCUCAUCAAGUUAUACAGUUUCUAAAUCUUUGUUUUGUGCAAAAAUUCCAUUUUUUAAUGAAUUGUGGUCGUCUCAAGUUGAAAGGCAAAUUCAGUUCGAUCUAAGCGAGCCUUGUUUCGAAACAUUAAUUAAUUGGGUGUAUUCUGAUUGGAUUGUAAUCCAUGGAAGCAACUUUUUAUCGAUGUUCAUAGUUUCUGAUCAUUUGGGCAUUAAGCCUAUUACAAGUUACUGUAGUUCAUUUAUCAAAGCUAAUUAUUCAGCCAAACAAAUCGCUGCUUUUAUUACAAAUAAGAUGAUGGACUCAACAAUUUCGCAAAAUUACUGGAAAUUGUAUCUGAGACUCAUAAACGGUGAAUAUUUUUUGGAAUUUCCGUUGGAGGUAGUUAAAAACAUCCUAUCGUUGGAUUUAUCAAUCGAAACUGAAUUUCAAGUAUUUCAAGCAAUCAUGAAAUGGAUCAAACACGAUCAAUCGCGUGGUGUUCAUCUACAGGAGCUGAUGAAAUGCAUACGAUGGUGUUAUACCUUUAAAGACUGCUAUUUGCAUAUAAAAGAAGAUGAAUUUAUCGUCCAAAAUCUACCACAACUUGAUGAAUUAGCAUGUGAACCCGGUGAAUGUCGUAAUUUAUGUUUGAAUAGCCGAAUCAAAGAGAAACAUUUAAUCUCUCUUUAUUUCUUGGAAGAUAAUAUCAUUGGUAUGAGUUAUUCCACCGGUGAAAAUUAUUGGGAACCUUGUGGUUCAUUCGUAGAAGAUGAUCAAAUUCCUUUUGGAGUCAUCAGCGAAGAACAUGUUGUUGACGUUAUCUUUGAUUCUGGCCGAACUGGGAUAAGAUUUGAUCUUGUUGAAAAAAAAUAUCGUUGGCUAAAGAUGUCUGGGUUAGAUCAUUACAACAGAUGUUACGAUUUUUUCAAGCCAAAUUUUGGUAGAGAAAGUUCCUACGGCGCCUGCAUUCAAGAUGAAGUUGAGGAAAUUGAUGAUUGGGUUGAUAUUGAAAAGAACACAUUGAUUGUGUAUAACGGUGAGAUGAAUAUCAUUGGUUAUACACAAAAGGAUCAAAAAUUAUUCUGUUUCUUGCCUGAUGAAAACAUAGAUUGGUUUAUUAAACCAUUUGCUGAACAUCGAAUCCAUGCAUACAUCUUAAAUGGUGUAUGUUACAUCAUUACUAAAUCAUUGACUUUCCGUAUCUUCGAUAUGGUUAGGAAAACUAUCGAGAAGAGUAAACCUUUUGACGGCAUGAAUUUAACUUUUGAAGAUUUGCAGCUUGAUUCGCAUGAGUCGAAUGUGAUACUCUUGAUAAAAUCUCAAAAGAAAAUAAUGAUGUUCGAUACUCGCAAGAAGGGGUGGACAUUAAUGGGUCAAAUAUAUUCUGGUUGUGAAAUGAUAACUUUGACAACAACUUAUAUUCCAGCUCAGUUUAUUAAAAAGUUGUAUACAAAAAAGAGCGUAAAGUAAGAUUAUUUUUUACAAUUAUGUUAUCACCAUUAAUGAAUGAGAUUUUUGUAUUCAACUCAAUACCAUUUCAACAUGGUAUAUUGAAAUUUUUGAGAUAUUUGUAAUUCAUUAACUUAAUAAAAUUUUUAAAUGGA